AUGAGCUACAAGCUGUCGCGUGCUGACGCUUCAGAUAUCAUCAAACCCUUGCCCACCAUAUACGACAACUAUGCUCCAGCUUUAGUAUGUUCUUACUGUUGUCUUGUGAUUAGAUUACUGUAGCUUUGAGUACUGUACUUUAGUAAUUUAGACAAUAGUUUUGGCUGAAAAUAAGAUAUUUCAUUUUAAUACAGUAACUUAUUAUUAACAAUAGUAUCCUUAUUAAAAGUGAUCGAAAACCUUGGUGAAACUUCGUAUUUCAAUCGUAUUCAGAUCAGUAAAGCGCCAUCAGCAGCCGACGUAAAUCUGGUAAAGCCGGCCCCAGUCCAGCUUCCAGACCGUGUGUAUUCAGCUUCUACAGUGUCAUUUCCGUUCCGUUAUCACAAAGACUUCGAUCUCGUUGUUAGUUGUUUUAGUUAGCUUAAUGUGUUUCGUUUAACGUGUCAUGUGUCUGUUUCCACUUUUUACAGCACGAAGACUACUGGAGUAACAGACAAAAGUACUUUUCACCUCUGUACGACAAAGUAAACCAUUUCAAUGACAGUUACUACUUGAACAAGGCCAGGCCCUACUGGACCAACUAUCGAAGUGACUUGUGAGUUUUUUAAUUUAUAAUACAUGACAGUAUGUGGUACUUUUAUCCUGCUUGCACAUGUUUUUCUUCUUUCAUCACCAUCUUACUCAUUCCGCCCUUUCAGAUUCGAAUACAGUCACCCGUAUUACCGUACUCGUUACACCGGACCCAAUUACGAGCCCUACUAUCGCACAUCGUACUACUCGCCGUACCGUGCCAGUCUUUACGACAAUCUCGCGUUAAGUUUUUAUAAAGCCCUCGGAGCGUAUCGCAACGGAAUUACGGAUUUCAGCACGCUGAAUCACAACCACAUCACCCGCAAUUACCUGUCCAAGGUGGGGAUGGACCCCUGCCGACUGUACGAGCCCAAGACCGAGCUUCUGUACUACCGUCAGCCCCACUAUCACCGUCCCCGAAAGUUUCUGACCGCCUGGACCUGA